GUCCAUAAACAGAAGACGAAGAAGAGAAUACGCUACGGGGUAUGGGCAACCUUUUGAAUCCCACCGUUGCUCAUGACGGCGUCGAAAUGGGUGAUGACAAACUACUUUCAAGUGGUGCCGAUGAAUUGCCUGCUUCCAGCGUCCUCAUUCCACGACAGCGCCCCAGCUUAGCCUCACCUUUGGGCUUGACAAGCAGCAGCCCCAUCCCCACAGGGCCUGGGGAGCUCCGACACCCUGGCGCUACCUUGGUGAUGCAGUCAUCCAGCUUACUUGGGGAAGCCACUAAACCGAGGCACGUGAAACGACCACGUAUUUUGCGGAAUCAACGCUCGCUAGGUCCCACUGCCUCGUGGUCGAGUAGUAGUCGCAGACACAGGUAUCCGCAACCACAGGAGACGCCACAAAAGGCGGAGCAGGCAUCUUGCCGACGUCUGAAAAGCAGUCUCUGCGUGGUGGUCAGCCCGUCCAAACAGAACGCAGCGUCGAAAUUGGCUGCGGUCAUGACGGGCAACUGGGGAACGCGUUCAUCGCCAUUCACCUCGGCGGCUCAGCAUUUGGCUUCUACGUCAUCCUUGAAUGAGCAACGCAUACCACUGUCAACUGAGAGUGCUACAUCGGCGUUGGCGGAGCCUCGAGCGCUAGAGGAAGGGCGCGCAGGCGAACCGGCGGCUGGCGCAUGCGCUGACUCUAGCUCCACUGGACGCGGCUUCCGGCGGGUGUCCGUGUUCACUCGCAGCUUGCUCCUCGUGGGCGCCACCGCCUCGCUACUCGGCACGCUAGUCACCGUGGCCACCUGGAACCUCUUGCAAGGACAGGCUGAACUUGACGUCGCGUACAACAUCUCGAGCCUGCUGCGGCUACUGGCACCUUCUGCCAGUGGCGCUGAAAGUGGCAACUUCGUCAAUCGUAAUGCGUCAUGGCUUGCAUCAACGAACAGCAGCGUUGCGGAUCAUUUCACUACCGCAAAAACUAUGGCGCCCGUUAAAGACAACUUGGUGCCCCUCUUUUAAAGCUCACUGCAUUGCUUGUGACCUCUUUGUUCCGGAAACCUUUAUUUGUUUUGAGCCUCACGAAACGCAUACGUUCGAUUAGUAUCGCAUUAUUUAUUUGCAGCAAUAAAUAAUGCAGUAGCAUAAUGUAGCAACCAAUAAAUAAUGUAACAGCCA